AUGCAUCUUUCUACUGUGACACUUUCUUUCUUUCUUUCUUUCUUUCUUUCUUUCUUUCUUUCUUUCUUUCUAUUCCGUAUCUUCAUUUCUUUCUUUUUAUUCUGUCUCUUUCUCUUUUAUCUUUUCUAUUACGUCUAUUUCUAUUCUGACUAUUUCUUUCUUCCAGUCUUUCUUUCUUUUUGUUUUCCUUCUUUCUUUUUUCUUUUCUUCGUAUCUUUGUUACUUUCUUUCCUUCUAUUCAGUAUCUUCAUAUCUUUCUAUUUAUUCCGUCUCUUUCUCUUUCCUUUUUCCUAUUUCCCUCUUUCUUUCUUUCUUUUUUUUCUUUCUUUCUUUCUGUCUUUCUUUCUUUUUUCUUUUUUUUUUUUAUUUUUCUCUUUCUUUCUUUCUUUCUUUCUUUUCUUUUCUUUCUUUCUUUUCCGUAUCUUCAUUUCUUUCUUUUAUUCCAUCUCUUUCUUUCUUUCUUUCUUUCUUUCUUUCUUUCUUUCUUUCUUUCUUUCUUUCUAUUUAUUCCGUCUCUUUCUUUUUCUUUCUUUCUUUCUUUCUUUCUUUCUUUCUUUCUUUCUUUCUUUCUUUCUUUCUAUUUAUUCCGUCUCUUUCUUUUUCUUUCUUUCUUUCUUUCUUUCUUUCUUUCUUUCUUUCUUUCUUUCUUUUCCGUAUCUUCAUUUCUUUCUUUUAUUCCAUCUCUUUCUUUCUUUCUUUCUUUCUUUCUUUCUUUCUUUCUUUCUUUCUUUCUAUUUAUUCCGUCUCUUUCUUUUUCUUUCUUUCUUUUCUUUCUUUCUUUCUUUCUUUCUUUCUUUCUUUCUUUCUUUCUUUCUUUCUUUCUUUCUUUCUUUCUUUUCCAUUACACAUCUUCCUAUUCUGUCUAUUGCUUUGCUUGUUUCUUUCUAUUCAUUACGCCUUUCUUUCUUUUCUUUCUAUUACGUAUCUUUUCUUUCUUUCUAUUUAUUUCUUCUCUUUGUUUCUUUCUUUCUCAGCAAUUUUACAAGUUUAACAUCAAUUUAA